AUGACUUUGAUCACGACAACCUGGUCGAAGGAGGUGGGAUGGGCGUUGUAUCCCCUCCUCCUCGCGGCCGCCAGCGCAAUUGCUCUCGUGGUCUACGAGUUCGUUCGCUGGUCAGCUCGACUGCCCAAGUUUGGUGGCCCUCCCGGAAGGCCCAUCGUGGGCAACCUCUGGCAGAUCCGUCAAAAGGAUGCUCCAGAACAGUACCGCCAAUGGGCCAAGCAGUACGGUCCAGUCUACCAGAUCCAGCUGGGCAACAUCCCGGUCCUGGUGGUCAACUCGGCCGCAGCGGCCAAGGCGAUCUUCAACCAGAACUCGCACGCGACCAGCUCGCGGCCAGAGUUCUAUACUUUCCACAAGCUCAUCUCCGACACGGCCGGCACCACCAUCGGGACCAGUCCGUACUCUGACUCGCUUAAACGAAGGAGGAAAGCAGUCGCAUCGGCCUUGAACCGGCCGGCCGUGGUGAGUUACAUCCCUCACCUUGAUAGGGAGACCCGUGUCUUCCUUUCCGAGGCGCUCAAAUACGGCGAUUCCGGGAAAAAGGGGAUCAACCCCAUGCCCCUGUUCCUGCGGAUGAACAUGAGCAUCGGUCUCACGCUGCACUGGGGAUCGAGAAUGGAGUCCCAAAAUGAUCUCUUCCACGAGAUAGUCCAUGUCGAGGACACGAUCAGCAAUUUCCGAAGUACGACAGGUAACUUGCAAGACUAUAUCCCCCUCCUCCGGCUGAACCCAUGGAAUACCCAGUCGUCCCAAGCAGUGGAGAUGAAGCUUCGCCGGGACAGGUACAUAGACAUCCUCGACAAGGACCUCGAGAAACGGAUCAAGCAGGGCACCAACAAGCCGUGUAUUCGAGGAAACGUCCUCGUGGAUGAAGACGCCAAGCUCACCGAGAUGGAGCUCAAGUCUCUCAACCUCACCUUGCUCGCGGCCGGCCUCGACACCAUGAACUCGGCGGUGGGUUGGGGGAUGGCCUUGCUGGCGAAGCGACAGGAUAUCCAGAAAAAGGCGCUCGAAGCAAUCCGUGAGAUUUAUUCUGCCGACCGUCCGCUUUGUGAUGCGGCGGAUGACCAAAGCUGCACCUACCUGGUCGCUGUGAUCAAGGAGAUUCUGAGGUACUUUUCCGUGACGAGGCUAUCGUUGCCUCGCUGCACCAUCCAAGACUUCGUGUACGACGAGAAGAUGAUCCCCAAGGGGACAGUGAUAUUCCUGAACGUUUGGGCCUGCAACAUGGAUCCCGAACUAUGGGACGACCCCGAGUCCUUCCGCCCGGAACGCUGGCUCGAGACGCCUGAUGCCCCCAUCUUCACCUUCGGUACCGGCGGACGCAUGUGCGUGGGCAUGCAGUUGGCGUACAGAGAGCUCUACGUGCUGUUUCUGCGCGUGCUCAACAGUUUCCGCAUCGAGCCGGAUGGGUUCAUCGAGACGCGCCCCAUUGAGGGGGUGGCGAAUCCGGCGUCCCUCACGACGCAGCCUAAAGAAUAUAAGGUGCGAUUCGUGCCGUGGAACCUCGCGGAGUUGGAGCAGGGGUUGAAGGCAGCUGAGGGUUGA